AUGAUUGACUCAACGAUGAGCGGCGCUCCGGUCGCCGAAGAUAAUAUCAUCAACCGGCGUGGUGGAGAAUCGAUUUAUCAGAGCUGUGUGAAUUUGAGACGGAGACUGUCCGAAGUCCCCAACUUUGAGCCGUAUCUGCAAGAGAUGGAUGAAGAUGAUGCUCUUAGGGGAAACACGGAUCCCGUGGCCUCCUUGUGGAACUGCCUUCGGAAUGGAUACCCUUUGUUGAGUAUCUACAAUGCAUCGGGCCCUGAUGACAUAUUGGAAAUUGAUCCCAGCAAGGUGACGGAGGCAAAGCGUCCCAAAGCGGCGACCUUCAAGUUCUUGCAGGCCUGCCUGCAGGACUUGGCGUUCCCGCAACAAGAUUGCUUCCUGAUCACAGAUCUUUACGGCGAGAGUACGACUGGAUUUAUUAAAGUGAUCAAGAUGGUUAACCGCGUGGUUGACAUCCUUGAGAUGCAGGGCCAAUUGAAGCAAACCGAAGUUACAGAGACGCCCACUGGAGCCAAAGCUCACGUGAAACUCACCAAGCGAGAGCACAUCCUCAAGGAGCUUCUGGAGACGGAGCGUGACUAUGUUCAUCACCUACAGAAUCUUCAGGCACUGAAAAAGGAACUGGAGGAGACAGGUGCUUUGACAGGCGACGCUAGUCAUCAGAUUUUCCUCAACUUAAACAACCUGCUUGAUUUUGCGCAACGAUUUUUGAUUCGCAUGGAACAGCAUUAUGCCUUGCCGGAAGAAUUGCAGAACUGGGGUCAGCUCUUCUUCUCGCACGAAGAUGCCUUCAGGCAAUAUGAACCAUUUAUCGCAAACCAGAUGCGAUGUGACCAAGUUUGUAUGCAAGAAUGGGAUAAGAUUCAUAGUGCGCCUCGCCAUUUGGACCUGCAACAAAUGGUCGCGCAGCCGAAAACAUUGAACGGCUUCUUCGUGAAACCUUUCCAACGCUUGACUCGAUACCCGCUUAUGCUCUCGGAGCUACGCAAGCAAUUAGAAGAUGCCCAGCUGCAGACAGAUAUCACACAUGCAAUUGACUGUAUCCAACAAGUGCUUGACUAUGCCAAUGAGGCUAUUCACAAAGAACACCUUGCUGCGGCAGUAGUCGAUCUUUCUGAGCGCGUGGAUGAUUGGAAGGCUCUGAAGAUGGAUACAUUUGGAACGCUUCUUCGGUUUGGCACGUUCCAGGUCGUGAAGGGCGAUAGCGGCAAAGAUAAUGAAAGAGAGUAUCACAUCUAUCUCUUCGAGCGAAUCCUGCUCUGCUGCAAAGACAUCAACCCCAACAAGCAAAAGACGAAGCUGAUGAUGCAGAAAGACAAGCCGUCUUUGAAUGCCAAGGGAAAAGCACGCCUCCAGUUGAAGGGCAGGAUUUACAUGGCCAAUGUCACUGACAUUGUCUGCCUUCAAAAGCCUGGGCUUUACCGAAUCCAGAUCUUCUGGAAAGGAGAUCCCGGCGUGGUCGACAAUUUUGUCAUUCGUUAUGCCAAUGAAGAUACCAUGCGUAAUUGGUACAAGGAUAUUGACACCCAACGGGCGAUCCAGGCGGAGCGACGCACUAUGCGCAACACUGGUACAUCUGACAGCGAAUUCACCUACAUGGAAGGCAUGGGCAACAUGCCAAACCCCUACCAACAAGAGUACGACACCGACGACCCCAGCAAAGACCAAUUCUAUUCCGAAUUCGCCAUGAGCCGGAAUGCAUCCAGCACCAGUCUCCGGACUCGGUCGGCAACUGGAGGCAGCACGAGCUCUGUGCCUCACCCCAAUGGCCGACCACGUUAUGCCGGCACCGACCCCACGCUUUCUGUGCAUACUCAAUUCUCUGGAAACGGCAGCAUGUCACCCGGCGAUCGCAACAUGAACUCCUACUUCUCCCCCACAGAGACACCAUCCACGCGGUCGAGUUCUCAGUCUGGAUUCUCCUUUGGUCGCCAGAACACAAACUCCACAUCUGCAUCUACAGCCUGGAAUGAGGAGUCCAACCGAUACACAGCACCAGCAUUGUCCCGUGUGGCAUCGCGAGAAGGGUCAACCUCAGGGGGAUACUUCCCACCUCAGGCUAACGGCCGAGGUGCUCAGCGUCCGUCUUUGCCUCCGCUCACGGGUCCCCAGGCCGCUCACACAGCCAACGGUAUGGCCCAACGCAUGCGAUCGGCCAGUAGCCCCGACAUCCAUCACCACAAUAACAACCCUCCCGAGGCUCGUCGUUACAUGGGCGUCCAUACCAUGCAAACGGUCGACAAUGUUCCAGUACCACCGAUCCCCGCUCACAUGGCCAACAUGAAAGCGCCUGUCAACCGUAGCCAGAACAGCUCGCCGACCAGUCAGCUUCCCCUCCGACCUCAGCCAUCACUCCACACCACGCACUUUAACGAGCCGGAGUACAACGAAACUCGCAACUCUGGACAGCUUUCAGAUCAUGCCACCUCGCCAUUGACCCAAGAGCCCGAGGGAGGAGACCAAUACAUGCCAACUCAACUCAAGGCAAAGGUCAACUUCGAAGACAACUACGUCACUCUAGUCAUUGCCACCAACAUCUUGUUCCGCUCCCUGACGGACCGCGUGGAUGCCAAGUUGGCGCGGUUCACCGAUCGAUCGAUUGGAAACAAGACCGUCCGCUUGCGUUACCGUGAUGAGGAUGGCGACUUUGUGACUAUUGACAGCGACGAAGCUGUGCAACUUGCAUUUAUGGAAUGGAAGGAGCAAAAUCGCGAUUCGCUCGCCAAGGGCUUGGUAGGAGAGAUCCAGCUCUACUGUCAAGUCGUGGACUGA